AUGACUACCCUAAAGCUUGCCCUUUCCGCGCUUGCGCUGUCCAGCAGUGCUCUUGCUGCUAACCUGCCUUCCAUCUCAAUCAAGGGCUCCAAGUUCUUCUUCGAGAAUGGAACGCAGUUCUUCAUCAAGGGCGUGGGCUACCAGCAGGACUCCGCUGCGUCGGGAUCCUCGACCAGCUCCAACUACACUGACCCUCUCGCCGACGCUGCCCGUUGCAAGAAGGAUGUCCCUCUCAUGGCGGCUCUUGGCAUCAACACCAUCCGAACCUAUGCCAUCAACCCCAAGUCCGACCACACCACUUGCAUGCAGCUCUUGAAUGAUGCUGGCAUCUACGUCAUCUCUGAUCUGAGUGAGCCUACCCUCUCCAUUAACCGCAACGACCCUCUGUGGAACAACGACCUCUACGAUCGCUACAAGGCUGUCGUGGACUCCCUCGCCAACUACACCAACGUCAUCGGUUUCUUCGCCGGUAAUGAGGUCAGCAACCAGGCCAACAACACCGGCGCCUCGGCCUACGUCAAGGCUGCCGUCCGUGACACCAAGCUCUACAUCAAGAACAAGAACUACCGCUCCAUGGGCGUCGGCUACGCUGCCAAUGACGACGAGGCAAUCCGUGACGAGCUCUCUGCUUACUUCAACUGUGGUGACUCUGCCAGCGCCAUCGACUUCUUUGGCUACAACAUCUACUCGUGGUGCGGUACCAGCACUUUCCAGGAGUCCGGCUACAACCGCUUCAUCGAGGCCUUCCAGAACUACUCUGUCCCUGUGUUCUUCGCCGAGUAUGGUUGCAACACCCAGGGCGGAGCUGAGGGCCGAAAGUGGGACGAGACCACUGCGCUGUACACCAAGAACAUGAGCGAUGUCGUCAACGGUGGUAUCGUCUACCAAUACUUUGAGGAGGAAAACGAUUACGGUCUGGUCAAAGUCAGCGGCGACGACACCAAGACAAUGACCAACUACAAGGCCCUCCAGACCAAGCUCCGAGCCGCCGAGCCUACCGGCGUCAGCGAGUCUAGCUACACCAACACCAACAAGGCCCAGAGCUGCCCGACCGUCGGCUCCAACUGGGUGGCUAACUCCAACCUGCCCCCGACCCCCAACACGUCGGCCUGCAGCUGCAUGGUCAAGGCCGCCUCCUGCGUCGUCAAGUCGAGCACCUCCACCAGCGACUACUCGGACAUGUUCGACUACAUCUGCGGCAAGGACUCGUCCCUCUGCGCCGGCGUGAACGGCAACGCCACCACUGGCGUCUACGGCGCCUUCAGCAUGUGCUCCGACUCGGAGAAGCUCGCCUACGUCCUCAACGCCUACUACGUCAAGCAGAGCAAGGCGUCCACCGCCUGCGACUUCAGCGGCAAGGCCCAGACCCAGACCGCCGACACCAGCGGCGGCAACUGCACCCAGAUCGCCCUCUCCAACUCCAACACCAACAACUCGGGCUCCUCCUCCAGCAGCUCCAGCAAGAACGACAGCUCUGGUGCUAACGGCGUCUUCAAGCCCGACACACUCGUCUUCGUCGCCGCCCUCUUCGGCGGCGCCAUGCUCUUGUUGUAA